UCUCGAGGGCCAGAGUCAAGUGCAAGACCGUGGUGCGUCCAUCGGUCCAUCCAGUACGGUUUUGGUUGUGUUUGACGACGCGUGACCUGUACUUACCAGCGCCGAAGAGGUCCUGCGGAAGGACGAGCUGUUUACACUGGAAGGAAAAGGAUACUAGGAGAAAAGGUGUUCUACACAAUGCCACAUACUGGUCAGGCAGGAGUCAAUCAGUUAGGUGGAGUAUUCGUCAACGGAAGGCCAUUACCUGAUUGUGUUAGGAGAAGAAUUGUAGAACUUGCUUUAUUGGGGGUACGACCCUGUGAUAUUUCCAGACAGUUACUAGUCUCCCAUGGUUGUGUGUCAAAAAUUCUGACUAGAUUUUAUGAAACUGGAUCGAUAAGACCUGGAUCAAUUGGAGGAUCUAAAACAAAGCAAGUGGCAACUCCAACUGUGGUGAAGAAAAUUCUCAGAUUCAAACAGGAAAACCCAGGGAUGUUCGCUUGGGAAAUCAGAGAACAGCUUAUUACCCAACGAGUUUGUGAACCGCACAAUAUACCAUCAGUGAGUUCGGUAAAUCGUAUAUUGCGAAACAGUGGAGUUUGGCCAGACCCAACAGAUACUAUGUUACCUUCGUCAAGAACUGUAUAUACAGAACCAACCAUAAAGAGGGAUAUCUUCUCCAAAGCUCCAAUAAACCUACCUUACCUACUACACGAGCAGUAUGCCUCCAACAACAGGCUAGCCACCCUUCAACAACAACUACACGUCGCGACAGGUUCUGUGGAACCCACAGGAACCAACUGGACAAACCUGGUGAUUCCUUGUCAGGAUCAAAGCGAUACCCCAAACCAAGUGCACAAUAAACCAUCGCAAACAUCGGAAAAAACAAUGGAAACCAAAAAGAAAAAUCCUUACUCUAUAGAGGAAUUGCUCAAGAAACCAAAUAAAACCGUCAAACCUUCUAGUCCAUUCUUCAGUUAUUGUAUGGAUUUUCAACAGCCUUACGGCGUACUAGUAAGCAAUGAAGAAAGGAAGGUAUCAAGUACCGAGUCCAGUGAACAUGAUGCCGAUAGUGACUUUGACAUAAAAGUUGAUGUGAAUGAUUGAGUUUUCGUUAUUUCAUAAUAUUUAUUGUAAAUUAUUAAUUAGCUGUGAGGACUUGUGAAGUAGAAAGAUAGUAGGAAGUAUUCUUGCUUAGUCAGUAAUAUUUAAUUUGUAAAUAAAAACAAUA